GCCGCCCGGCCGGUUGUGGUCCCUGUAUAUUGUUUACAUCCAUAUUCCUACAACCAAACAUGCCUGCCUAACAUAAUCUAAACAAAAAAUGUACGUGUGCAAGUUAAAAAACGAAUUUUAUUAGCAAGUGUUGCAAAUUUAUGUGAUAAAGUGCGUUAAAAUGUGCGUGAUGCGUCCGAUCCUGGUGGUUAUGCUCUUCCUAUCCGGGAUCGAGCACUCAUUUGGAUCCGAAGAUGUAGUGCAUCACUCCGCUCAUAGAAUACGCAACCACAGAGCUAGCAGACGACACCGGGCAGUUAAUGAUGGAGAGCUGCAUUUUGAACCGGAGCCGUAUAGUAAGAAUCUGGAAUUGAAUACUUCUGGGAAAAUACAUUGUAAAGUUGCUGGCGGCGUUGCUCCAACAGUACAAUGGUUUUUGAACGACGAGGACCCACUACCCGAGGGCGUGACCUCUGCGAAUGGCACGCUGAUGGUAGCGGACGCGGAGAGGCGUCACUCCGGACAAUACACCUGCAAGGCGGUCGAUGGAGACCGAUCCAUUACUGCUAAGAUCAAUCUUGAUGUUGUUGUGGCGCCGCGAGUAGUGGAGCCGUCCCCCGGACAACAGAUGCACGUCACCGUCGGUCAGACCGUCGUCCUCCACUGCGUGGCCACCGGGGACCCGCCCCCCACCACGCACUGGGAUGGGAGGAACCUUGAUAAAUUGGGGAAACAGCAAGAUGGUGGACUGGAGGCAGAAGACAGCGUGAAUGCUUCUACAGCAAGACUGGUACAAUUGAACAACGGGACUCUAAUAAUUCGUAACGUGUCGUCUAUGGACGCGGAGCAGUAUGGCUGCACGGCCGGCAAUGCGGGCGGACUCGCGAGACAUGAACUACAACUUAUUGUACAUCAAGAAGGAGAGCUGCCCCCCCAGGAGUCGAGUGGAGUGGCAGGCAAGGCGGUGGUGGUGUCUGUGUCGGUGGCGGGCGCCUACAUGGUGCUGGUGCUGGCGCUGAUGGUCUACUGCAGGAGGCGCAGGCUGCGGCGGCGGCAGAGGGGUGAAAAAAUGGAGUUAGAGAUGACAGAAGGGCGAGAGAAGUUGGUAGAAGAUGGUGAAGAAGAGAAGCAGAAGGUCAACGGAGCCGCCUUGCAGAACGGGAGGCUGUUGGCGCAUGAUAAGGAUAGCGGUGCAGAUAACUCAGAAGUAUCUGGCGUAUCUCGCGCUUCCAAGAAGUCUGGUCAGUUCGAGCAUCUGUCUGUACCACGGAGUCUGCUCACUGAACAGAUCACAUUGGGUCGUGGAGAAUUCGGCGAGGUGAUGCUGGCAAAGAUAGAUAUGUGCCAGGUCAACAAGUUGCGUAACAAGGAGAGCCUGGACGCUGAGGGCGAGCCCAAACUACGACCUGUAUUGGUUAAAGCACUCACAACUAAAGAUGAGGUGCAGCUGGGCGAGUUCCGUCGCCAGCUGGAGUUGUUCUCCCGCGUGCGCCACGAGCACGUGGUGCGCCUGCUGGGGCUGUGCGACCGGCGCCAGCCGCACUACUUGCUGCUGGAGCAUACCGACUGGGGUGAACUAAAGAAGUUCCUAAUAGCGACACGGUCUCCCGAAGAGAACGCGGAGUAUAUAUCCCGCGUGGGCGCGGCGCACGCCCCCCCUCCCCCGUCGCGCGCGGCCCCCCCACUGGGCGCCGAGCACCGCGCGCUGCUGGGCGGCCAGCUCGCCGCCGCGCUCGCCAAGUGCGCCGCGCACAGGUUCACGCACCGCGACAUAGCGGCUAGGAACUGCGUGAUAACGUCCAAACUGCAGCUGAAGCUGUCGUACCCGGCCCUCACCCGGGGACCUGACUCGCACGAGUACUACAAGCUGCACGAACAGGUGAUCCCGCUCCGUUGGUUGCCCCCCGAGGCAGUGCUAGAGAGCGACUACUCCACCAAGUCUGACGUCUACAUGUUCGCGGCCACCGUCUGGGAGAUCUACACCAAAGGAGAGUUGCCGUUCGCAAAAUUGAACGACAACUCUGUGUUGGAGCGAGUGAAGGCAGGCACUCUCGAAUGGACGAUCCCGGAUUCGAUGCCUGAGCCAUUAGCAGUGCUACUUAAACGUUGUUGGAGCAAGUCCCCAUCAGACCGGCCGCAGUUUACAGAGAUAUAUGACCAGAUCACCGACAUAUUGAAAGACAUCACCUCGGAAAACACGUCGCAGAAGUCACAGGACAAGGCUGAAGAAUAGACUUUAUGUCUAUUAAUAUAAGGUUAAAUUUUAUUUGAUUAUUUCAUGUGCUUUACGACUUUUUGUAAUGGUUAGUUUUCUUUAGCUCACAUCACAAAAGUCCUAGAAAAGGUUAAGAGCAUUGUAAACUAAUGGUAAUAAUUUAUGACUUUAUUUCUGUAGACGUAAGGUCUAGUUUCCUUUGAUGUAAGUAUGUAUUUGAACUAGAUUUUUAACAUAUGUGAUUUUGGUUAGAAAAUGAAGUUAGCAGGCCUCACGAGACAUCACAAAUUGUUUAUCGACUUUAAUACUAUUACCACAAAGAUUAAUGUCCAAUGACUUAGAUGUUAUUGAAAAAUGAACUAAGACUGUAAAUCAUUAAGGUGUAUCUUUGAUUGCAUACCUUAUUGUCAGCUACGUAGUACUUUAAAAUCAACAUCAUAGAAUUCAAUUUACUUUGCGAACAGAAAUUGACUUAAAUAAUGGUCUAAAAUUUGGGACAUUGCAAUGAAAAAUUAAAACACAUUUUAAUAUAAGUCUUAAGGUUGAUAUCAAUAAGAUUUAAUUUAGAUUGCUCUAGUUAUCUUAAGUAAAGCCGUCUAAAAUAUGUUUUAUUCUAUUAUCAACCUUAUGCCACAUAAAUUAAGGUAUUAUUUUAAUUGUCUAGUGUAAGUAUAUAGCCAUUUCGAUGCAUUUAUUAAUAUUUCGCGUUAGGGUUAGAUAAGAUUUAGGUAUUAAGUAGUUUUUAGUCACUUUUUAUGUGUACAGUGUGAUUUCUAGACUUUGCACGCAAUAUUACUAUUUUUUUAAAUUGGGACAAGCCCGCCACAACCUCCCUAAACCGCUGCAACUCCUGUAAGCCAG